AUGCAUAUAACUCAUGAAAAUUUAUUAAAGUAUCGUGGCAUUGCUCUUGAGUAUGAUCAUAUAUUAUUCUUUAUGGAGUAUUGUAGUCAUGGUACAAUAGCUCAACUUUUACUCGGUACCUCAUCGUCUUCAUCAUCAUUACAUAUAGAUACACGUUGUCUAUCAGCUUCACUUGUUUAUUCAUUAAAUCAUACAUCAUCUGUUGAUAAAGAUAUUAUACAAAUAACAGCUGAUUUUGUUUUUUUUUGA